AUGCCAAUCCACCAUUUCACAGACCAAUCUAACAACAACACUUUUCGUUCCAUUUUACCAGACUCCCCCGACCCUAACUCCAAACAUGAUUCCGACCCAAACCAACUCCACCAACCUACAUCCUCAAAGAUGUUUCCCUCACAGCUUACCCUUCUGAGAUUCUCGCCAUUAAAACUCUCAGCUUAUGUUCCUCAACAUGAUGCGUGUCUUCCUAUGUUAACCGUUGUCGAAACUUUCGCCUUUUCUGCUUCUCUUCUUAAGCCUAAAACAAUUGAUAUUUCUUCCAUUGUUUCAUCUCUUUUGAAUGAGCUUAGACUAACACAUUUGGCUAACACAAGGCUUAAUCAUGGUUUAUCUGGUGGUGAACAUAGAAGGGUCUCUAUAGGACUUAGUCUUCUUCAUGAUCCUGCUGUUUUGUUACUUGAUGAACCUACUUCUGGUCUUGAUAGUUCAUCUGCUUUCAAAGUCAUGCAAACUCUUAAAUCAACUUGUGUUUCAUAUAAUAGAACCAUUGUUCUUUCCAUUCAUCAACCAAGUUUCAAGAUUCUCUCUUGCAUUGAUAGAAUCUUACUUCUUUCAAAAGGAACUGUUGUUCAUCAUGGAAGUUUAGCUUCACUUCAAUCCUUCUUGCAUUCAAAAGGAUUCACUGUUCCACAUCAGCUUAAUGCAUUGGAAUAUGCUAUGGAAAUAUUAAACCAAUUGAAAGAGGGAAAAAGGAAAGGAGGAGUUAUGAACAUCUUGUCGCAGUAUCCCUCGCCGGCAUCUUUCUCCUCUGACCAUGCCUUCGUACAACAGAUUGCGAGCAGCUCCAUCCCGCAGAUCCGGACCACACUACAACGCUCCAGACUCGACAACCGCUGCGACCUCACACAAGCAGCCGCUGAAGCUCCCUCCACGCAAGCCACCCGUCUCAACCACAAUAUCUCCAUUUCCACUCCCUUUGUCUCCUCUCUGAUGGAUACUGUUUCAAAAUCUUCUAUGGCUUCUGCAAUGGCCGCACUUGGAGCUGCCUUUGGUUCAACACAUAUCUUUUUCCAUCAAGGCAAGGGUCAACUCACCAUUAAAUGUCACCUUCUACCUUUAUCCGCUAUGACAGUCUGCUAA